GGAAGACAGCGCAGGCUCCAAGAAAAAACUUUCCCUUCCGAUGCAGAAACCCAACUCCAGGCCGUUCUCAUUCGCUCAUGGACCGAAGCUGGUCGUACGUGGCGGUGACGAGAAUUUCUUUUCGAAAUUUCUAAAUUUCCAAAUUGCAGUUCGAGGAACCCGUGCCGUGGAAAACCGUCGAGAUGGGUUCGUUGUUCAGGAGCGCGGAGAUGACCCUGUGUCAGCUGUUCUUGCAAAGCGAGGCAGCUUACGCGUGUGUCUCGGAAUUGGGCGAAUUGGGAUUAGUGCAAUUCAGAGAUCUCAAUCCAGAUGUCAAUGCUUUCCAAAGAAAAUUCGUCAAUGAGGUCAGACGUUGUGACGAAAUGGAAAGGAAACUACGAUAUCUGGAAAAGGAAAUAAAAAGAGAUGAAAUUCCGAUGCUCGAUACUGGGGAAAAUCCCGAAGCACCCCAACCAAGGGAAAUGAUCGAUCUGGAGGCAACUUUUGAAAAGUUGGAGAACGAAUUACGUGAAGUGAAUCAGAAUGCUGAAGCAUUGAAAAGAAAUUAUUUGGAGCUGACUGAGCUGAAGCAGAUACUACGUAAGACUCAAGUUUUUUUCGAUGAGCACGAGGGGGGCGUUAACCCCACUGAGUCUAUGACCAGGGCCCUCAUAAGUGACGACUCUAUAGCCCGACAAAGCACUCUUGGCCCCGUCCAAUUGGGUUUUCCGGAUAAACAGUAUGACCCAGAGGAAUACUUUCCAUGUUUUGUAGCUGGUGUGAUAUUGAGAGAAAGAAUCCCUGCUUUCGAGAGAAUGCUAUGGAGAGCAUGCAGAGGAAAUGUUUUUCUACGUCAAGCGGAAAUUGAGACGCCAUUGGAAGACCCAUCAAGUGGCGAUCAAGUGUACAAAUCCGUGUUCAUAAUCUUCUUCCAAGGCGAUCAGCUGAAGACGCGCGUAAAGAAGAUUUGCGAAGGAUUCAGGGCCACCCUGUACCCUUGCCCUGAGGCGCCGGCGGACCGUAGGGAGAUGGCCAUGGGCGUUAUGACGAGAAUAGAGGAUCUCAAUACGGUGCUCGGUCAAACCCAGGACCACCGACACAGGGUUCUGGUGGCCGCGGCUAAAAACAUAAAAAAUUGGUUCGUCAAAGUGCGCAAGAUCAAGGCUAUCUAUCACACCCUCAACUUGUUCAACUUGGACGUCACUCAAAAGUGUCUGAUAGCGGAAUGUUGGGUGCCCGUAUUGGAUUUGGAAAACAUCCAGCUGGCACUCAGAAGAGGAACAGAGCGCAGCGGCAGCUCCGUCCCGCCCAUUCUCAACCGCAUGGACACGCCCGAGGAUCCGCCCACCUACAAUCACACCAACAAGUUCACCUCCGCCUUCCAGGCUCUAAUCGACGCCUACGGUAUGGCGUCGUACAGAGAAAUGAACCCGACGCCCUACACCAUCAUCACGUUUCCCUUUUUGUUUGCCGUGAUGUUCGGUGAUUUGGGCCACGGGUUCGUGAUGGCGCUCUUCGGUGCUUGGAUGGUGUUCAAGGAGAAACCUUUGGCUGCCAAAAAGUCUGAUAACGAGAUAUGGAACAUCUUCUUCGGCGGUCGCUACAUAAUCCUCCUGAUGGGCUGCUUCUCCAUGUACACAGGCCUUAUCUACAACGACGUCUUUGCCAAAUCUCUCAAUAUAUUCGGGUCUAGUUGGCGCAACAACAUCAACGAAUCGUCCAAGAUCGUGGGAACAGAGUUUUUCCUCGACCCGAAAACGACGGAAAGCUAUCUGGGCACUCCGUAUCCCAUCGGCAUGGAUCCAGUGUGGCAGCUGGCCAAGAACAAGAUCAUCUUCCAGAACUCCUUCAAAAUGAAGAUUUCGAUUAUUUUGGGGAUUUUGCAUAUGCUGUUCGGGGUGUUGAUGAGUCUGUUCAAUCACAUGUAUUUCAAGGAUAAGCUGAGUAUCAUCACGGAAUUCAUACCGCAGGUCAUCUUUCUUGUCUUCCUGUUUCUCUACAUGGUGAUACUGAUGUUCAUCAAGUGGUUCAUGUACUUUGCGAACGUAGUUGACACUGACGAAGACUUCCAGCUCGGAACCAGAUGCGCCCCCUCCAUUCUCAUCACUUUCAUCAACAUGAUGCUGAAUCAGAAGACUGUUUAUGAGCCGAGAUGCGGCACUGCUAACAUGUACGCCGGCCAAUUGGGCUUCCAGAAGUUUUUGUUUGUGUGCGCGAUAAUUUGCGUGCCUUGGAUGCUCUUCGCCAAGCCGCUGAUGAUAAUGAGGGGAAGAAAGAACGCGCAGAUGUAUGCGGUGUCGCAUCAGCAGAUGGAAUCCGCCACCGAGAACGGUGACGCGGAACAGCCGAUGCGCAACAGCAACGCGCAGCCUCCCGCUGCUCAAGCGCCUGCGCACGGCGGUCAUCACGAGGAGGAGAUGAGCGAGAUUUUCAUCCAUCAGGGCAUCCACACGAUCGAGUAUGUGUUGGGGUCCGUGUCGCACACGGCUUCCUAUCUUCGUCUGUGGGCCUUGUCUCUCGCUCAUGCUCAAUUGUCCGAAGUAUUGUGGAACAUGGUGUUAAGCAAAGGUCUGACGGUGGAAUCUUGGGUGGGCGGGAUCGCCCUGUACGUCAUCUUCGCAUUUUGGGCCAGUCUCACCGUCUCCAUUCUCGUCCUCAUGGAAGGCCUGUCUGCUUUCUUGCACACCCUACGUUUGCACUGGGUCGAAUUCCAGAGUAAAUUCUACAAAGGGGCAGGUUACGGUUUCCAGCCCUUCUCUUUCGAAAUAAUACUCGAUGCUGCCGCAAUGGCAAAGGAAGAAGUUUAAACAAAUUUAGUAAUAAUUCGAUGUUUAUAGUCCCUCGAAAUAUCAAUAAUAGAUUUGUUGGUCGAUGUGUACUUAUCAUUGGAAGUAAAAAAAAUGCUAGGACAUAUUCAUGAAUGUAUUAGUCAACAGAGAUUGCGCGAUUUACUGACAAGUUUUUUUUUUAUAAUUCGUAGUAAAUUAUUUGAGCCGCAAAAGGUCUUGUAUGUUAUAACCUUCAAUAAACUGUGUAUCAACAAACACACAUUUCGUUUUUAUUACCUGUUUUUCUUAUUCCUAAUGGAAGGUAACUGAUAUACAGGGUCACGAUGUCACGACAAGCUUACACUAUCUUUAUAUCGAGAAUCAGUCGAGAGAAUUUCAUGAAAAUGUGCAUGCUUAUAUUCUAGAAUACGCUACCUUCAUUUAAAAUAUUUUCGACAAUGCAGUGUUGCCGCUUCUACUAAAAAGUAGUAGCAACAUUGAUAUUUCAAAUGGAACACCCUGUAUUUUAUCGCAUUUUAAGAUUCUCCCUGAAGAGCUGAUUUUAUCGAUGUAUCACACUUGGGGUCUAUCGAAAGAGAUUACAGAGAUAUAGGGUGUUCAAAAUAGAGAUUUUUGCCGCAAUGGCAAAGGAAGAAGUUUAAACAUAUUUAGUAAUUCGAUGUUUAUAGUCCCUCGAAAUAUCAAUAGAUUUGUUGGUCGAUGUGUACUUAUCAUUGAAAGUAAUAAAAAAUGCUAGGACAUAUUCAUGCAUGUAUUAGUCAACAGAGAUUGCGAUUUACUGACAAGUUUUUUUUUAUAAUUCGUAGUAAAUUAUUUGAGCCGCAAAAGGUCUUGUAUGUUAUAACCAUCAAUAAACUGUGUAUC